AUGGAGUUACUAUUCCCGAAGGCAACCUACGGUGGCAUAAAGAGGUACUUGAGACGGCAGCGCUACCGGCGUCUCCACGGUGGCGCCGCCACGGGAAGAAGGAAGAUUGCGAUCAUCCAAUUGAGAGGUCCACGUAGGCAAUGGAGAAUGAGAACAAUUCCAAGGCUUAGAUGGGUGCUGAGAUCACCAUUGAAGAUUUUGGCAAAGGUGAAGAAUGUUUAUAUCAACUUUAUGUUGAGGAUGGCAGGGAACAUAGGUGCUGUAAACAGUGAUAAGAUUUUUGGUGUUAAACGGAUUCCAAAGGCUCGUGAAGUAUCUAAGAGUUAUAGAGGUCAAGAAUUUGAGGCUAGACUCGUUUUUGAGAUUUCUAAGACCUUGGUUACUUCCUAUGAACUUUAUCCCAUGUAA